AUGCCCUCGACGCGCUCCGAAGACUGGAAGUCCAACCCGCCCUACGCCCGCCCCAAAGACGAGCCCUUCACCAACACGCUCCGCGGGUCCUGCCACUGCGGCCAGGUCGUCUACCACCUGUCCCGCGACCGGCCCCUCGCGUCCAAGUACUGCCACUGCACCGACUGCCAGACGCUCCACGGCGCGCCCUUCCAGUGGGCCGCCAUCUUCGAGAAGCACCACCUCGCCUUCGACCGCGGCGUCGAGGGCCUGGCCUUCUACAGCGCCGGCGACAAGGCGCCCGCCCACGGCCUGCCGUGCAAGGUCAGCUGCGCGCGGUGCGGCAGCCGCAUCAUGGACGAGGGGCGGAACAUGGUGCUGCUCUUCCCGGCGCUCGUCGAGUUUGAGGGCGACGAGAAGAUCAAGGCCAACUUUGCGCCGGAGAUGCAUAUAUUCUACACGAGGCGGGUAGUGGAUAUCGUGGAUGGGAAGCCGAAAUGGGCAGGACUCAAUGACAAGAGCGAGCUCGUUGGAGAGACGCGCUGA